AUGGAAAACGACAGCCUACAAGAGCAAUUCAGUGACCGAAAGUUGGCUGAGGUACUGAUCGAGCUGGAAACCGCAAGAAUUCCGGGAUCGGAGGAAGACUCCAAACCCCAAAAGGUGAAUGCGAAGAGAGGCUUCACCAGUGGACAAAUGUGGUUGCGGAGGUCAUCUUGGUGUCCACAUCCUCAGGCAGUCUUGAACGAAGACGUCACAGAGCGAGUGAGACUAUCACCAGGGAAGGAUGAGAAUCUGGGAAACCUAUACGUGAUACACAAACUGAGCCUGCCUCAUCGAGAAGAAUCUGAAGAAGAUAUGAGCAAGUCGAACGAGUCUUCUAAGAUGAUAGAGCCAGGCAGUUGUCUUAAUCUAGCAGUUGUCUCUGUGGGGGUGGAGAGCAUUCUUGUGACAGGCUGUCUUGCUCGCAACUUCUGUCUCAUGCGGUUCUGGCUGGGAGUGCGCCAGAGUAGCAGAAUUGGCCAGUCGGAUGACGGACACCAGUUCGAACAACUCAUCAGACCCUACUACUCUGAGCUCAACUGGUACUCCUACAGAGAAGACGAGGAAGAUGGGUGCUGUAGUUACCAAGUGACAACUUACCUUCAAUACGGACAGCGGUUUGGACUAUCUCCGGAAGAAUACUUCAACAAGGUCUACAACAUGGGGGUAGUUGAAGACAAACAGUUGGUUUAUCUCAAGGCUCGAUGGAAUCAAUUUUUCUGCAUGAAUAUCAUCGAGCAAGUUGGAUUCGGCCGCGGCGUGCUUCGGAUAGUGGGUGUCAACGGCCAGAGGGCUCGCAGCAAGUUCAUGAUGCCCCCUUUGGGCGAAGCAGACGGCUUCUUCAAGUUCCCAGCCGAACAUCUGCAAAGUAGAUUAACAUUCGAGUGGUUCCUUUACAAUGUCAUUUGCGAAGAGAAAAGCUGGCUCUGUGUGAAUGGGCGGAAUGGUACAGCGAACCGUGCUGGUGGUUUGACGCCGGGUCAACUGAAUCGACGACGAAUGCUAACUUUUACCAAAGUCAACAGCAAUGUGACUAAAAAUUUGUUCAAUUAA